UGUGUAAAAUACUUGGAAAAGUCAGUUUUUAUUUCGGCGUAACAUGAUUACAUAACUCUAUAUUGAAACUGGUAACUAGUCGAUACAUUAACAGCCGCUUCAAACCGCUUUAUAUUCCAUUCUACAGGACGAGUAAAUACAGCAUCAAAGUAAGAACCAAAAUGUCCAUGAGAUGCUAUGGAUUUUUUCGUUGUUCAAGCUGCAACAAGCUCUGGGAGAGCUCACACGCAUACUGUGACAAAAUUGGAGGCGUUCUCAAACCGAUGUACAAGCAGGACUGCAAAGAUUGCCAAGUGAGCUGUCUGCCGUACAAGGUGGAGCGUCUCACCUGCUCCAUUUGUGACCAGCAAGACUGCACGUGCACCCGGGAAGAGAAAGAAGAAAGACACACGGAUCUGAACAAGCCACACCUGUCGCACCUGUGUGAACGGUGCAAGAAAGGCCUGUCUUGUGUGUCCAGGCGAUACUGAACGUGCGAAAAUCACCUGGAAAUCAAAAUUAACAAAAUGACUGAACAUUUAUUGUACAAUGUAACAUCUGCUGUUCGACUAGUUGUUAAGUGAAGCUUUUGAUGUCAUCUAAUGGCGUUAUGCUGUACUGUGACCUCGGUUUAUUUACAUCUAAUUUGCAAGGUUAUCAAAGUCUGAAAUUAUG